AUGAGUAAUAGAUAAGAGUAAAAAAUUAGUUCAAUCAUUCAAUUAAUAACAAUACUUAUUAGUAUAAGAAGACGAAUAAUUAAUUAAUAAAUUAAUUAACAUGAAUUAUUUCUAAAUAAAAGUGUGAUCGGACUUCUAUUAUUAACUAAAUCUUUAAUUAGAUACAUACAUACUGCUUUUAAUAAAAUAAACUUAGAAAAAAAAGCAAUCAAAAACAAAAAUAAAUUAAAAUCUACUUUCAAAUCAAGCAAGCAUAAAUGGGAUUUUAUUUAACCUUAUUUUAUAGAUUUAAAGCAAGGUAUUGUUCUAACUGGUAGCAUAUCAUUUGGUGUUAUUGGUAGUAUAGUAGCAAAUUUGGUUUACAAAAAUAUUGAAAAGAAGAAAAAGAAAGAUCAAGUUGAAUAUGAUGGUUUCUUAGCAGAAUAAGAAGAUGUGAUUGAAGAAGAAAUAGACUUCAAAUACAGAGUUUCAUCAAGAAAAAAAACUGCUACAAUUCAUACUGACCCUGAAAAUCUUAAUAUUGACAGGUAAAGACUCAAAGUAAGUGCUAAGAUUCACAUUGAUAAUCAUUUAAUUGAAGAACUUAGAUUCCUUGAUUCUCCUAUAUGUGAAAUAGAAAGAGUCCAUAAUCUUAUUAUUGAUAGAGGUUUGACUUAGAUUGAUGAUAUAGUAACUAAAAAAGCAGAAUCUAUGCCUAAAGGAGCAUUUAUUUUCACAAAUACCUUUAUCCUUAAUAAGGUUGAAUACGGCCCAACUUGCAUGAUUUAGUCAGCUAAAAGAUGGCUCAGAGCUGGUCCUAGAUAUCAUUUAUAUUUUUAACCUUAGGAAGUAAAAGCAUUAGUCCUUUCAGUAGGUAGUAUAGUUCCAGGAAUCAAUGUAGUUAUUAGGGAAAUAGUGCGUGCUCUUAAUAAUAAUUAUGGGGCAAAUUAGGUUUUUGGUGCAAGAUUUGGCUAUAAAGGAGUGAUUGAGGAAAACUUCAUAGAUUUGAGUAAAAACUUAGCUGAAAAUGUUCAUUCCACUGGAGGAUCCUUUUUAGGAGUCUGUAGAGGUGGAUUCAAUUUGCAUUUAAUUCUAAAAGUUUUGAUUAAGCAUGGAUUUAACUAAUUGUAUAUCAUCGGUGGAGAUGGAGCUAUGAGAAGUGCAUAAGCACUUUUAAUUGAAAUAUCUAAAAAAAAGCAUAAUAUUGCUAUAUGUGUAAUUCCUAAAAGUGUCUAAGGUGAUAUCCCUAUUGCUGAAGAAUAAAUGGGUUUUUAAACAACCAUUGAAGAAACUGCAAAGGCUGUUGAAGCAGGAUUUGUGGAAAGCUAAUCUCAUGAAUACGGUAUUGGUCUAAUCAGAUGCUUUGGUAGAAAUGCUGGGUUUGUUGCAAGUCAUGUUGCUGAAGCCACUGGUUGUGUUGAUGUUGUACUUGUGCCUGAGUUUUAAUGGGAUCUCUAUGGAGAAAAGGGUGUUUUGGAAUACAUUAGAAGCCAAAUUAAAAUUAAAAAGCAUCUUAUCAUUAUUGUUAGUGAGGGUUCAGUUAAUAGCUUAAGAGAUGUCCACUUACCUGAAUUAGGAGAAGAUGAAUCAGGAAAUAAAAUUUACAUAAAUAUUGGUGAAUUCUUAAAAGAUAAAAUCAUCCAAUAUUGUGAGGAUAAAAAGUAACCAAUAAUCAUCAAAUUUAUUGACCCUCUCUACAUAACUAGGGCAUGUAGAGCUAAUCCACAUGACACCAAGGUUUGCAGCUAAAUGGCUUAAAAUGCAGUUCAUGGAUGUAUGGCAGGAUUUACUGGAUUUGCUGUAGUCAUUGUGCAUCAUAAAACAGCUUUCGUUCCAUUAUCAGAAAUGGUAUCAGGAAAUUAUGAAAAUAAAUUGGUCCCUCAUAACAGACAUUGGUAGAGAGUUUUAUCAUAAACCUUAUAACCUUCUUUCAUAAAUAAUGAAGAAGAGCACCUUAAAUAAUAAGAAUAAGAGAACAAAGCUUUGUGA